GGAUGGAUAGAGUGAACCGGGUUUUAAACAUCGUAAGACAGAUGUCUCCCAGGAAAAGGGAAAGAGGGUCUCACUGGGAGGCGGAGAGCCCGGAGACCUGCGAGGAGAGUCUGUGCUCUCUCAGCCUUUGCAUCAGCGAUGAUGGGCCGUACUCUAAGGGGAACAAGGACUCGAUGGGGCCAGACAACUCGCUCACAUCCAGAAGACAAAGCAUCCCAGAAGAACUGCGUGGGGUUACACUGGUUGAGCUGAUUAAGAGAGAAGGAAGCACUUUGGGUCUCACCAUCUCGGGCGGCACAGAUAAAGACGGUAAACCACGGGUCUCCAACCUGCGGCCAGGUGGACUUGCGGCGAGGAGUGAUCAACUCAAUGUGGGAGACUACAUCAAGUCAGUCAAUGGCAUCAACCUGACCAAGCUGCGUCACGACGAGAUCAUCAGUCUGCUAAAGAACGUAGGCGAGCGCGUUGUGCUGGAAGUGGAGUAUGAACUGCCUUCAACUGCGCCAGACAGUACCUCAGGUGUUAUUUCCAAGACAAUCGAGAUCUGUUUGCAGAAAGAGGGCAACAGCUUCGGCUUUGUUAUGCGAGGUGGAUCCCAUGAGGACUGGCACAAAUCUCGCCCAUUGGUGGUCACACAUGUCCGACCAGGUGGUCCUGCCGACAGAGAAGGGACUCUAAAAGCAGGUGACCGCAUCUUAAGUGUGGAUGGAGUGGUUUUACACAGUGCCACUCACAGCGAAGCCCUAACUGUACUGACCCAGUGUGGACAGGAAGGCCUUUUCCAGAUCGAGUACGAUGUCUCCAUCAUGGACUCAGUGACCAACGCUUCCGGCCCUCUGCUGGUGGAGAUUGCCAAGGCGCCCGGAGCGAGUCUGGGAAUCACUCUGACCACCGCCAUACACAGGAACAAACAGGCCAUCGUCAUCGACAAGAUCAGGUCCGCGAGCGUGGUGGACAGGUCAGGAGCGUUACAUGUGGGUGAUCAUAUUCUGUCUAUAGACGGCACCAGCACAGAGCACUGCUCGCUCCUGGAGGCAACGCAGCUGCUGGCCAGCACUUCUGAUCAGACCAAACUAGAGAUCCUACCCGCGCACCAAACACGCCUGCCCGGAAAACCCCAGGACACUGUGAAAGUUCAGAAAAGUGACCACCCGCACUGCUGGGACCCCUGUGUGAACUACUGCCAUUCUCAACAUCCUGGUCACUGCAAGACAUCGACAUGGACCUCUGCUUCCAGUAACCCCUCCAGCUCUCAGGAUUACUGCAAAUCUAUAGUCUGCACUAACUUCUCUCCCGGGUCCACCACCACAUCGGGCAUGACCAGCCAGGGUUCCAGCACGCUGCCCCGAGCCGCUCCUCCCAUGAGCCCGCGCAACUCCAUGCUAAAGAGGAGACAGAGGAAAAAAGAGCACAAGAGCUCCUCCGUGUCUUUAGCCUCAAGUUCUGUGGGCCCUGGUGGUCAGAUAGUCCACACAGAGUCCAGUGAGGUCACUCUGAGAGGAGACCCUCUCAAUGGGUUUGGGGUUCAGCUACAAGGUGGAAUAUUUGCGACAGAGACCCUCUCUGCACCCCCUCUUAUACGCUUCAUCGAGCCGGACAGCUCAGCCGAAAGGUGUGGGCUUCUCCAGGUUGGAGACAGAGUCUUAUCCAUCAAUGGAAUACCUACGGAAGAUGGAACGCUGGAAGAGGCCAAUCAGCUUCUCCGAGAUGCUGCUCUGGCCAAUAAGGUCACACUAGAGAUCGAGUUUGAUGUGGCAGAAUCUGUUGUGCCCAGCAGUGGGACUUUCCAUGUAAAGCUGCAGAAGAAAAGAGGAGUGGAGCUGGGCAUCACUAUCAGUGGUAAGACCUGGCAUCUAAAAGUAGUUGGUCAGUGUCGUGUCAUUGUGUGUCCAGACGAGCAGGAGUCGUCCGGCUCCAUCAUCUACACGGUGGAGCUGAAGCGUUACGGUGGCCCGCUGGGCAUCACCAUCUCCGGCACCGAGGAGCCUUUUGACCCCAUCAUCAUCUCAGGCCUGACCAAGAGGGGCCUCGCUGAGAGGACCGGAGCCAUUCAUGUUGGAGAUCGCAUUCUGGCCAUCAACAGCGUGAGUCUGAAGGGCAAACCGCUCAGUGAAGCCAUACACCUGCUGCAGAUGGCCGGAGAAACCGUCACACUCAAGAUCAAGAAGCAGACCGACGACCUAGAUGACAAAAAUAAAGAGAACGAUCUCGAUACCGAGCUCAGCGACAAUGAGGACGAGAUGACAGACUCUCAGAAGACCAACAAACUGUCGGACAUUUACUCCACCACCAUCCCCAGCGUGGACUCGGCGAUGGAGUCAUGGGACGGCUCGGGAAUCGACGCCGGAUACAGCAGCCAAGGUGCCUACAUCCAUCAGGCUGCUGGGAUAGCGUUACAUCCUCACGAGUGGCGCAACAGCAAGCAGAGGAACAGCACUCCACCCCCCACCCGCCGCAAGAACUACCCUUUCAGUGACGGGGGAUUCAGCGAAGACGACUGGGAGAAAACUGCCGGAUACAGCAGCCAGACACAUGCCGAUGGUCUCAUAAUGGAGCAGGAGGACAGCUUCUGGUGCCAAGCCCUGGAAGACCUGGAGACGUGUGGCCAGUCCGAGCUACUGCGCGAGAUUGAGGCGUCGAUAAUGACCGGCAGUGCCCUGAGUUUGGGAGUGGAUGGGGGAAAGAGCCACUGCGAGACGGUCAGCCAACCUCACCUCAGCCCUCUGCGUAAGCCCCCGCUUCUUCUCAACGAGACCAAGAACAAGAGCACGCUCCGCAUGUCCGAGAAAACCUGGGAAUCACGGAGGAUCAAAGAAGAGAUCCAGGACAUCCUGUCGCCCACACCGUUAGAGCUGCACAAGGUGACGGUGAUGAAAGACCCAGAGAGCGAUGACUUUGGAUUCAGCGUGUCAGACGGUUUCUUGGAAAAGGGUGUUUACGUGAACAUGAUCAGACCUGAGGGUCCAGCGGACCGUGCUGGACUCAAACCGUACGACAGGAUCCUUCAGGUGAACCACGUGCGGACACGAGAUUUCGACUGCUGCUUAGCUGUUCCCCUCAUCACAGAGGCCGGAGACAAACUGGAGCUGGUGAUCAGCCGAAACCCGUUAGCACAGCCGGGGGUCGCCCAGCCCCAUGACUGCCAUCCCCACUUACACCCUGUAGGCCAUUCCCGCGAGCACCAGACCAGCACGCUGGACCUGUGA